AUGCAAGAAAAUUUGAAAAUAGAAGAAAGUAAAGUGAAUUAAGUUCUAAAAGUACAAAAGUUGUUUCCAUUUUAAAUAAAUGGAGACACUAUUGUCUAUUAAUCUAAAUAUGUUAAGAAUUUGUAUACAAUUAUAAAUGAAGAAGAUCAUCAUGACAAAAGAAAAAUGUUUGAUAAAUUAUCUACAUUGUUUAGGAUUUUUUAUGGUAUCAUUUAAUUAUUAAUCCAAACUUAUUAAAUCAUAAAUCUCUCUAGAUUAAAUUCAAAAACUAUAUUGGUAGAAUUAACUAAUGGUGAUUAUCCAUAAAUACAUUUUACAAAUUUACAUGAAAGAAUAAAUCUUGUUACAUAUAAUGAAAAUUUUAUAGAGAUAAAACUUCUGUGUUAAUAAGCAUUCAAAAGUUUCUAAUAAAAAUAAAUUAAUGAUUUGAAGGAUAAAUGUCCUUCAGAAGAAAAGUAAUAAACUAUCAAAGGGAUUCAUUAUGCAACAGCUCUUUUGAACUAGUUUCUGAAUUAACUGGAAACAGAUUUGUAUUUUAAGAAUAUUAAAGAAUUUCUUUUAGAUAACAAUAUUAACUUGUUAGAUGAAAAAUUAUUGUAAAAAAAAGACUGGAAGAAAAAAAGUUAUAAUAAUAUGAACGAAUAAUCAAUUAGAUUUGACGAAUAAAAUACAUAAGUUUAAGAGAAGGAGCAAGAUUAUUGA